GAAUGCCAAGGAAAUCUUUCAUUCCUUUUCAUUAGUGUUCUUCCCUCUUUUAAUUUCUCACCAUGAUAAUGUAAACAGUAGACUACAAUUUUAUGACAGAGAGGAAGAUGAUUUCCACAAGCCAAAUUCUGCUAGAAUUGUGAAAAGGAGUAAGUAUUGCUCUUUAUUAAGCACCAGAACAGCCAAUUAUGUGAGUUUCUCACCAUAUACCCAGUUUCCUGUUGGUCUUUAGCAGUAUUCUUCAACAAUAAUGAAGUAUGCAAUUGGUGGACAGAGUUACUCGGUGUCUGUGGUUGUGGGAGAUAGCAAGUGUCAUUGAUGCGAGUCCAUCUGAUGUACACUGUCAGAAAUCCACCAUUCAACUACAACAACAUAUCCAGUGUAAUCUCAUAAGUGGGGUCUCGAGAAAGUGGUGUGUAUGCAGACAGGUUGUUUCUGAAAGACCCUUGACUCGAGUAAAGCAUAUCAAAGCAGGUUUGAAAAGGACAUAUAGUAGUGAAGAAGCCAUUUUGAACAUAAUGAGAAAAGAACAGUAUGACAACAAGUAAUACGAUAAAUGAAGCAAAGGAAACAACAAGUACUAAUAAAAUAAAAAAGAUGAUGUGGAGAAGACUCAAAGAUGGAUGGAUGCAUUUGUGGAGGCUGAAAAAAUAUAAGACCGUGAUCUGAAAAACAACAGGGAUGAGGCAGAUUGCAUCAAGAAGCUAGUUGAUGACAUAUUUCCUAAAUUGCUUCAAGUUAUUUCACCUUUCCCGGAAAGCCUAGUGGGUAUGAAAUCUCAGGUUGAGAAAGUAACCUCAUUAUUAGAUAUGGAAUCAAAUGAUGUUCGCUCUAUCGGGAUUUGGGGUAUGGGUGGCAUAGGCAAGACAGAAAUUGCAAGUGUUAUAUAUGAAACACACCGUCAUCGAUUUGAAGCUAGUUGUUUUCUUGGUGAUGUUGGAACAUCGUAUCAGAAAAAUGGACUAACAUGGCUAGCAAAAGUCGUCAUUCGCAAGCUGUUGGGUGAAAAGAUGACUCUAACUAGUGAACGCGAAGGGCUGAUUAUUUUAAAGAAUAGGCUUCGCUGGAAGAAAGUUUUGUUCAUUCUCGAUGACGUAAACCACCUAGAACAGUUGGAGUUUUUAGUUGGAGAGCCAGAGUGGUUUGGUAUGGGUAGCAAAAUUAUUUUAACAUCAAGAGACAAGCACCUGUUAAUCAGUCAUGUUGGGGAUAACGUGUAUGAAGUCCAAUUAUUAACUGAGGAUGAAGCUCUUGAAUUGUUCAGUAGGCAUGCUUUUAGAGAAAAAUCACCAUUGAAAGAUUUUGUGGAACUUUCAAGACAAGUGGUGAAGUAUGCUGGUGGACUUCCUUUAGCUCUUAAAGUUUUGGGUUCUUCUUUUUACAAGCGAGACAAAAGGCAAUGGAGAGACAAAAUUAAUCGUCUGAAGAGAAUCCCUAACAAUGAUAUUCUAGGAAAGCUUAGGCUUAGUUUUGACGGACUGGACAAAGAUGAGAAGGAAAUAUUUUUAGAUAUUGCAUUCCUAGAUAUUACAGGCUUGACUAGAUAUAAUUUUAAAUUUUAUGUGGAACUAGUAACUGAGAGUCGUGGUUUUCAACUGAUAGGCAUAGAUUGCCUUAUCGAAAAAUCUCUGUUAUCCAUCGACAUACAUAAUGGUAUCGUGAUGCAUAAUAUGAUAAGAGAAAUGGGUGCAAAUGUCAUACGGAAAGAGUACGUUAACAGCAGAGUAUGGCUUCCAGAGGAGGUUCGCGACCUUUUUAAAGGAAAGUUGAUACCAGAAAAGGUGGAAAGCCUACAUAUCCCAAAAGGCUACAAUUUUGAAGACGAUCCUAUCACUUAUAGCAAUAUUUUCAGGAGGAUGCAAAGCUUACAAGUACUCAUAAUUGGUGAUGGAACUUUUAGCUCGAACUGCGCUAUCACCUAUCUUCCUUCCAGCUUGCUAUUUAUUGAGUGGCAGGGGUAUCCUUCAAUUUCAUUGCCAGAGAGCUUUGAACCAUCAGAGCUCGCUAUGCUUCAUUUAGAAAGAAGUCGGCUUGUCGAACUUUGGCCAAUAUCAAAGAAAUUGAGCAACUUGAAGCAUUUGGAUCUAGGCGAGAGUCUUGGGUUAACAAAAACCCCUAAUUUUGGUGAUAUGCCAAACUUGGAGACACUAAAUUUAAAUGGAUGUCAGAAUUUGGAGGAGGUCCAUCCCUCUCUUGGACAUUGCAGAACGCUUACUGAUCUGAAUUUGCAUGGUUGUCACAAACUUAAGAAGCUUCCGAAAUUUGUUUCCAUGGAAUCUCUUGAGUUUCUCUCCCUUUACAAAUGCACAAGUUUAGAAGAAUUUCCAGAAAUCUGUGGAGAUAUGCGGCGCUUAUCAAUACUAGAGGUAGAAUCCCCCUGGAUAAGAAGCUUACCCCCGUCUCUCAGCGGCCUUGGAUGUUUGCUAUUGAAAGAUUGUGAAGUUCUUGAAAGUAUUCCAGAUACUAUUCGGAAUCUUAAAAAUCUCUCGAUUGAAAGUUGCAAUAGACUUGCAAUGCUGCCAAACAGCCUCUUUGAAUCACAACAAUUGGAAUGGCUUCAUAUAUGCCGAUGUUCUGAAUUGGUAGAGCUCCCCAUAUCUCUUGGAGUUCAAAAAAAGAUUGCUCGGUUAAUCUUAAAAGAAUGUGAGAACUUAAAGAAGCUUCCAAGCUCUAUUCAGAUGGAAUCCCUUGAAGAAGUCAUGAUAUCUAACUGCCGAAAGUUAGAUACAUUUCCAGAAAUCAAUGGAGAUAUUCAUAGCUUAACAAGACUGACCAUAACUUGUAUGGGGAUAAGAGAACUGCCUUCAUCCAUUAGGAAUCUGAGGGGCCUCAAAUCUCUCGCUCUGAAAGGUUGUAGAGAGCUUGUAAGUCUACCAGACAACCUCUGUAAUUUGAAGAAUCUUACAUAUCUUACCCUCUGGGGCUGCAAAAAGCUAGAGAAGCUUCCAGAAAACAUUGGUCAUCUGCAGCAGUUAAAGUUACUUGAUGCAAGUGAUACUGCAAUCUCCCAACCACCUCCCUCCAUCACCAAGCUUGGAGAACUGAGGAUAUUAACAUUCUCACAUGUUUUACAACAUGUGCAGCAUUCCUCAAGUUUUGUUUUCCCUCAACUAUCAGCUUUAUCCUCCUUGAGAGAUCUUAAUCUUGCUAAUCUCGAUAUUUUGGGUGGACUUCCCGAGGAUUUAGGAUCUUUGACUUCUUUGGAACGUUUGGAUGUUAGUGGAAGCAAUAUUUCUUGUUUACCCAAAAGCAUCAAAGAACUCUUACACCUUGUUGAGCUGCACAUACAUUUCUGUCAGAAUCUUAAUGAACUCCCAGGAGAGCUACCCCCAAAUUUAAAGGAGCUAUAUGCAGAUUAUCAUUUGGCCUCUAAAAGCAUCAGAGAUCCAGUAAUUAAGUGUCUUAAGUUGCAUUUGCUCUCAAUAUCAUGGUGUGGUCCUCAAAAAUCCAAAUAUGGAACUGGCUCCACUUGCCAAGUUAAUGUGUUGAAGUCCCUACAGCAUUUAACUAGGACAUGUAUCCAGUGUGACUUCCACCAAAGGGAUUCUUUUCUCAUUUUUUUCCCCAAAGCCACAAUUCCAGAGUUGUUCAAUUAUCAGAUUAUAAAUCAUGAAACGAUCUCAAUUAAUCUGAACCCAUCUUGGUAUACCGAUAAAUUCAUGGGUUUUUCAAUAUGUUUCAGUCCUGAUAGUGGGUAUUUGAUGUUAGUAGCUACAUUGGUAUGCAAAUCUGAUCCUGAAAGAAAACAUUCCUUGAAGUAUGAUCGCCGUGUAUGUUUGCCUCAGUUUUCUUCUGUCGAUAUGUGUUUCUUCUACAUACCAUUUGAAACAUUGUGGCACGCUUCUGACAAUAAAGAAGGGAAGAACCCAAAUGAUUAUUGCCUUUUUGAGGUAUCGACAAAGAACAGGAAGGAACUAUGUUGGGGAAUUAGCCUGGAGUAUGAGAAUAAAGAUACUGCAAUGACGACUGAAUUUGGCUGCUCUAUGGUUCUAGAGCAACCAGAGCCAUCACUCGCUUCUAGUUCGCGGGCAUCUGCUGAGCAUGACAUUGCCAUAGAUAGGGGACUAUGUUUAGGAUAUGAGCAUAAAGCUCUAGAGGUGGAUCAAGCAGCAGUGGCAGCUCAAAAUGAACAUGAAUCUCAGAAUGUUGAGCUGAUUAGAGUUUGUGAUAGCCCAUCAAGGAAAAUGGGCGAUGCUUCAAGAAAGAGAAAGAGAAAGAGAAAGAGAAAGAGAAAUAGAAACAAAAAGAAAAAAGACAGCAGGGACAAAUGAGACUAGCUUCUCUCAUUGCACCAACAAGCACACAUGAUUUUGAUUGGAUCGUCAGAAACCUCUUCCUUUGCUAGCAAAAAUGGGUCACUGAAAAGAGAAUAUCGAGGAAGCAUCUAUCCAAUCAGUUAUUCAAAACAAAGAAGACAUAAUGAACAAAGCCAAGUGUGAGGACCUAUGCCUCUUCAAUGUCUCUUUCGGUAUAGCUAAACACAAGGUACCUGGUGAUAUAAUUCUCAGAGGGACUACAUUGGGGCUACGAGAAUGAAGAUGUAGAGGUGGAUCAAGCAGCAAUGGUUUUGUUUUGCAUCAAGUAUCAGAUUAUCAUCUAACCAAGCAGAAGUUUCCAUAUUUCACACAUUCUCGGUGGACAACUGAAACAUCAUCCUUUUCUGAAAAUAAGAAUUAAAAUUGCAUGUAUGAAUUACUACAUCAGCGUUAAUUCUUCAAUGGUGCCAUUGUCUACUCCAUUGUGAGCUACCUUAGUAAUUAUGCACUGUUGGUGGCAGCAAUUUUUUGAGUCUUUGUUUCAUGUUGAGUAUCGUUCUUAGUGGAACAAAACUAUAGGUUUCCUUAAAUUUUAGUACAUCAUGGUUUCAAUACAAAUGUGUAAUACAUUUUGAUUGACAUCUGAGUUUCUAGUAAAAAUAUGCGCAAAUUCCUCUCA